CGGGGGAACCCCGCCAGUGGCCCCUAAGUGACCAAUAAACAUGUCUUGUGAGAGCAAAGGCCUCUCGGAGCUGCGAUCGGAGCUCUACUUCCUCAUCGCCCGGUUCCUGGAAGAUGGACCUUGUCAGCAGGCGGCUCAGGUGCUGAUUCGAGAAGUGGCCGAGAAAGAGCUGUUACCCCGGCGAACUGAUUGGACGGGGAAAGAGCAUCCCAGGACCUACCAGAAUCUGGUGAAGUAUUAUAGACAUUUGGCGCCUGAUCAUUUGCUGCAAAUAUGCCAUCGACUAGGACCACUUCUAGAGCAAGAAAUUCCUCAGAGUGUCCCUGGAGUGCAAACAUUAUUAGGAGCUGGAAGACAGUCUUUGCUUCGCACAAAUAAAAGCUGCAAGCAUGUUGUGUGGAAAGGAUCUGCUCUUGCUGCUUUACAUUGUGGAAGACCUCCUGAGUCUCCAGUCAACUAUGGCAGUCCCCCCAGUAUAGCGGAUACUUUGUUUUCAAGGAGACUGAAUGGAAAGUACAGACUUGAGCGACUUGUACCUACCGCAGUGUAUCAGCACAUGAAAAUGCACAAAAGAAUUCUUGGACAUUUAUCUUCUGUAUACUGUGUAACUUUUGAUCGAACCGGAAGGAGAAUAUUUACUGGUUCUGAUGAUUGCCUAGUAAAAAUAUGGGCAACAGAUGAUGGAAGAUUGCUGGCUACUUUAAGAGGCCAUGCAGCUGAAAUUUCAGAUAUGGCUGUGAACUAUGAAAACACCAUGAUAGCUGCUGGAAGUUGUGAUAAAAUGAUUCGAGUGUGGUGUCUACGAACAUGUGCUCCUUUGGCGGUUCUUCAGGGUCACAGUGCCUCCAUAACAUCACUACAGUUUUCUCCAUUAUGCAGUGGCUCAAAGAGAUAUCUCUCUUCUACAGGGGCAGAUGGCACAAUAUGUUUUUGGCUGUGGGAUGCUGGAACCCUUAAAAUAAAUCAAAGACCCACAAAAUUUACAGAACGUCCUCGACCUGGAGUCCAAAUGAUCUGUUCUUCUUUUAGUGCUGGUGGAAUGUUUCUCGCCACAGGAAGUACAGAUCAUAUCAUUAGAGUUUAUUAUUUUGGAUCAGGUCAGCCAGAGAAAAUAUCAGAACUGGAAUUUCAUACUGACAAAGUUGAUAGCAUUCAGUUUUCGAACACUAGUAGUAGGUUUGUAAGUGGGAGUCGUGAUGGAACAGCCCGAAUUUGGCAGUAUAAGAGAAGAGAAUGGAAGAGUAUUUUGUUAGAUAUGGCUACUCGUCCAGCAGGACAAAAUUUGCAAGGAGUAGAAGACAAAAUCACAAAACUGAAAGUAACUAUGGUAGCAUGGGACCGUCAUGACAACACUGUUAUAACUGCAGUUAAUAAUAUGACCUUGAAAGUCUGGAAUUCUUAUACUGGUCAACUAAUUCAUGUACUCAUGGGCCAUGAAGAUGAAGUAUUUGUUCUUGAACCACACCCAUUUGAUCCUAGAGUUCUCUUUUCUGCUGGCCAUGAUGGAAAUGUGAUAGUUUGGGACCUCGCUAGAGGAGCCAAAAUUCGUUCUUAUUUCAACAUGAUUGAAGGCCAAGGACAUGGAGCAGUAUUUGACUGCAAAUGCUCUCCUGAUGGUCAGCAUUUUGCAUGUACAGACUCCCACGGGCAUCUUUUAAUUUUUGGCUUUGGCUCCAGUAGCAAGUAUGACAAGAUAGCUGAUCAGAUGUUCUUUCAUAGUGAUUACCGGCCUUUAAUCCGUGAUGCCAACAACUUUGUGUUAGAUGAACAAACUCAGCAAGCUCCUCACCUCAUGCCUCCCCCAUUUUUAGUUGAUGUUGAUGGUAAUCCUCAUCCAUCAAGAUAUCAGAGAUUAGUACCUGGUCGUGAGAACUGCAGGGAUGAACAGCUUAUUCCUCAGAUGGGGGUAACAUCCUCAGGACUAAACCAAGUCUUGAGUCAGCAAGCAAACCAAGAAGUCAGUCCUUUAGACAGCAUGAUUCAGAGGCUUCAACAAGAACAAGAUCUGAGACGCUCUAAUGAAGCUGGUACCAGUAACAAUAGCCGUUUAGGCAGAGCCUCUGUUAGCUCUACCUCAGAAGUUCAUUCACCGCCAAAUAUAGGCCUGAGGCGCAGUGGACAAAUUGAAGGUGUAAGGCAAAUGCAUAGCAACGCACCAAGAAGUGAGAUAGCUACUGAACGGGAUCUUGUGGCCUGGAGUCGAAGGGUUGUAGUACCUGAAUUAUCAAUUGGGGUUGCCAGUAGGCAAGAAGAAUGGAGAACUGCAAAGGGAGAAGAAGAAAUAAAAAUUUACAGGUCAGAAGAGAAAAGAAAACACUUAACAAUUCCAAGAGAGAAUAAAAUACCCACUCUAUCAAAGAAUCAUACUCAUGAUCAUUUACUUGACCCUGGAGAUUCAAGAAAGCAACAGACUAAUCAGCAUAACUACCGUACAAGAUCUGCCUUGGAAGAAACUGCAAGACCCUCAGAAGAAUUAGAAAAUGGCAAUAGUUCUUCAGAUGAAGGUGAAAUUGUAGCUGUCAGUGGUGGAACAUCAGAAGAUGAAGAGAGAGCAUGGCACAGUGAUGGCAGUUCAAGUGAUUACUCUAGUGAUUACUCUGAUUGGACAGCUGAUGCAGGAAUUAACUUGCAGCCACCAAAGAAAGUUCCUAAACAUAAACUAAAGAAAGCAGAAAGUAGUUCAGAGGAUGAAGAAGAAUCUGAAAAGCAAAAGCAAAAGCAAAUUAAAAAAGAUAGAAAAAAAGGAAAUGAAGAAAAAGAUGGACCAACAUCACCAAAGAAAAAGAAGCCCAAAGAGAGAAAGCAAAAGAGAUUGCCUGUUGGAGAACUGACUGAAAAUGGUUUGACAUUAGAAGAAUGGUUGCCUUCAGUAUGGAUAACGGAUACUACUCCUCGCAGAUGUCCAUUUGUACCACAAAUGGGAGAUGAGGUUUACUAUUUCCGACAAGGACAUGAGGCAUAUGUUGAAAUGGCCCGAAAAAAUAAAAUAUAUAGCAUUAAUCCAAAAAAACAGCCAUGGCAUAAAAUGGAAUUGCGGGAACAAGAAUUGAUGAAAAUAGUUGGCAUAAAAUAUGAAGUGGGUUUGCCUACACUGUGCUGCCUUAAACUUGCCUUUCUAGAUCCUGAUACUGGUAAACUGACUGGAGGAGCCUUUACAAUGAAGUACCAUGAUAUGCCAGAUGUCAUAGAUUUUCUAGUCUUAAGGCAACAGUUUGAUGAUGCAAAAUAUAGACGGUGGAAUAUAGGUGAUCGUUUCAGGUCAGUCAUAGAUGAUGCUUGGUGGUUUGGAACUAUUGAAAGCCAGGAGCCUCUUCAGCCUGAAUAUCCUGACAGUUUAUUUCAAUGUUACAAUGUCUGCUGGGAUAAUGGAGACACAGAAAAGAUGAGUCCUUGGGAUAUGGAACUUAUUCCUAAUAAUGCUGUAUUUCCUGAAGAGCUAGGAACAAGUGUUCCUUUAACUGAUGUUGAAUGUAGAACAUUGAUCUAUAAACCAUUGGAUGGAGAAUGGGGUUCUAAUCCCAGGGAUGAGGAAUGUGAAAGAAUUAUCACAGGAAUAAACCAGCUCAUGACACUAGAUAUUGCUUCUGCAUUUGUGGCCCCUGUGGACCUACAAGCAUAUCCCAUGUAUUGCACUGUAGUGGCAUAUCCUACUGAUCUCAGUACAAUUAAACAAAGAUUGGAAAGCAGGUUUUACAGGCGAGUUUCAUCACUGAUGUGGGAAGUUCGCUAUAUAGAACAUAAUACACGUACCUUUAAUGAGCCUGGAAGCCCUAUUGUGAAAUCUGCCAAAUUUGUCACUGAUCUUCUUCUACAUUUUAUAAAAGAUCAGACUUGCUAUAACAUAAUUCCACUCUACAAUACAAUGAAGAAGAAAGUCCUGUCUGAUUCAGAGGAAGAAGAGAAAGAUGCUGAUGUGCCAGGAACUUCUACCCGCAAAAGAAAGGACCACCAGCCCAGAAGACGUUUACGCAAUAGAGCUCAGUCUUAUGAUACUCAGGCCUGGAGGAAUCAAUGCCAAGAAUUAUUAAAUCUCAUAUUUCAGUGCGAAGAUUCUGAACCAUUCCGCCAGCCAGUGGAUCUCCUUGAAUAUCCAGAUUACAGAGACAUAAUUGACACUCCAAUGGAUUUUGCUACAGUUAGGGAAACUUUGGAAGCUGGAAAUUAUGAGUCGCCAAUGGAAUUGUGUAAAGAUGUAAGACUUAUUUUCAGCAAUUCCAAAGCCUACACACCAAGCAAGAGAUCAAGGAUUUAUAGCAUGAGUUUGCGUCUGUCAGCUUUCUUUGAGGAACACAUUAGUUCAGUUUUAUCAGAUUAUAAAUCUGCUCUUCGUUUCCACAAACGAAAUACAAUAACAAAAAAGCGGAAGAAGAGAAACAGAAGCAGCUCUAUUUCCAGUAGCACUGCAUCAAGCCCUGAAAGGAAAAAAAGAUUGCUAAAACCUCUUCUGAAAGCAGAUGUCUCUACCUCCCCAUUUUCUACACCUUCAAGAGCAACAGCCCCAAGACACAAUGCUGCUCAAAUGAAUGGAAAAACUGUUGAGUCCAAUUCUGUGGUGCGAACUAGAAGCAACAGAGGAUUUACAGACCUGACUGUCACUGAGCAACCAUCUACUUCUUCUGGAAGCAAGCCUUUGAUUUCAAAACCUCAUGUUUCAACAAUACCCGGGAAAACAAUCCUGGAGAAUUCUGCAAAACAUUCCAAAAAUGUAAAUACUCUUUCAGGCCCUAGUCAAUCUAAUUUUAGUCACAGCACUAGGAAUAACUCUGCAAGAGAAAAUGUGGAGAAGGAAAAGCCAGUCAAACGUAAAAUGAAAUCUUCUACUCUUGCCAAGUCACCCACUCCAGUUCAGCAAGCAGAUUGCAAGAAUAAUGCUUUGCCAUCAGGAAGCAUCCAAGUAAAUGGGCAUGGAGGUCAGCCAUCAAAACUUGUUAUAAAAAGAGGCCCUGGCAGGAAACCUAAGGUAGAAAUGAAUAUAAGUAGCAAUGAAGUUGUACACAAGAAAAGAGGCAGAAAGCCCAAAAAACUACAGUGUAUGAAACAAGAAAAUUCAGAGCAGAACAUAGUACAAACCAUCAGCAAUGUGAUUAAUGAUGAAGUAACCGCAGCUUCUUCAGCAUGCAAUUUUAUUUCUGAAACUCAUGUUGUAAAAGAAGAUUUGUUACAAAAAAAGGGCCGUGGGGGCAGAAAGCCCAAAAGAAAGACAAAGGCACAGAAGCCAGAUUCAGACCUAAUGGUUGCUUCAAGUGUUAAGAUGCUAAGAAGAAGCAGCAGAAAAAAGACAGAUGAACCUAUGGAUGAGGAUGAAGGGUCUGAGGAACUUAAGGGCUCUGAGCCUCACAUGAGAACUAGAAACCAGGGUCGAAGGACAGCAUUUUACAAUGAAGAUGACUCUGAAGAAGAACAAAGGCAGCUAUUAUUUGAAGACACCUCUUUGACUUUUGGAACAUCUAGCAGAGGACGAGUUCGAAAGUUGACUGAAAAAGCAAAAGCUAAUUUAAUUGGUUGGUAACGUGCACCAAAAUAUUUUACUUUAAAUGAUAUAAAGCAGGUACAGUUAAGGAAUAAGUAGAACCAAGGUUUCUGCUUCCUUGCUGCUAUUAUGGAUUAUGAGAGAAUGUUAUGAUUUGAAAGAAUUAGCAAAAGAAAAAAAAAGAAACUUAAAGAACACUUCCUUAAAGAAAUAUAUAUUUUAAAUGUUUGCUAUUUAUUGCCCUCAAAUAGGUUAUACAUUUCAACAGUCAUUUUGUUCACAGUUCAGAGGGGAGCAAUUGAAGACAUUUGAGCAAUUCCUGGUUUAUUUAUGGAAGAGAAAGAUCUGCUUGCACUGUGGAAGUGCAUCAUAUACCUAGUGACAGAACUUUUCAUGCUACAAUGUAUGUUUAUUUUUGACCAAGCAAGGUACAUUUCUAUUGAUUAUAGAAAUCUUGUCUCCUAGGAAGACAAUGUUGCAAAGAGUGGCAGUAAAAUAAGAAUUGUAUUUCCAGUAAAGAUACAUAUAAAAUUACCAAACUUUGCUAAUCUUUAAUUUCAGUAACUAUGGAAAAUUCAUCUACAGAAGCU